GGUCUCUCAGACUAUAAAAAACGUGGACACAUUAUUCCAAUCUUACUUUGAUGCUCAUUCAUUUAACAUAUUUGUAUGCAUCCGUUUUCAACUCUCAAAGACUGUGGUGGAGAAUACAACAAUGCAGACCAUGGUUAUUGAUGACAACACGUCUCCCAACAAGCCCAGUGUUACAUUUUCAGCUAAUUUUCUGUGGUGGAAGAGACCCUCUGGAGUUGCUGCAGUGUGUCUGGGGCUGCUGUGUGUUCUUCUAUUGGCUGGGAUCAUAGGCCUGUCUGUCUACUAUGGAGUCAUUGAUCAUCACUACUCAACAGAGAGAGACCAACAGACCAGUUACAGCCUUCUGACUAAAGAAGGAGAUCUGCAACCAACCAGUUAUAAUAACUUGACAAAAGAGGGAGACGAGCUACAGAGCAGUUACAACACCUUAACUAAAGAGAGAGACGAGCUACAGAGCAGUUACAACACCUUAACUAAAGAGAGAGACGAGCUACAGAGCAGUUACAACACCUUAACUAAAGAGAGAGACGAGAUACAGAGCAGUUACAACACCCUGACUAAAGGAGAUCUGCAACCAGACAGUUUUAAUAACUUGACAAAAGAGGGAGCCAAGCUACAGAGCAGUUACAACGCCUUAACUAAAGAGAGAGACGAGGUACAGAGCAGUUACAACACCUUAACUAAAGAGAGAGACGAGCUACAGAGCAGUUACAACACCUUAACUAAAGAGAGAGACGAGCUACAGAGCAGUUACAACAACUUAACUAAAGAGAGAGACGAGAUACAGAGCAGUUACAACACCCUGACUAAAGAGAGAGACCAGCUACAGAAUAGUCUCACCACGAGGACCAAAGACAGGGACCAGCAGCAAAAUAGUCUUAAAGUUAUGACUGCUGAAAGGGAUCAAUUAAAGAAUAGUCUUAACUCACGGACAAAAGAGAGAGACCAGUUGCAGAAUAAUCUAAAUACUAGGACCACAGAGAAAAACCAGCUACAGAAUAGUCUAAAUACAAGGACCACAGAGAGAAACCAGCUACAGAAUAGUCUCACAACCAAAACUAAGGAGAAAGACCAGUUGCAGAAUACUCUCACCACAAUAACUCAGGAGAGAGACCAGAUACAGAAUAGUCUAAAUACCAGGACCACAGAGAGAAACCAGCUACAGAAUAGUCUCACAACCAAAACUAAGGAGAAAGACCAGUUGCAGAAUACUCUCACCACAAUAACUCAGGAGAGAGACCAGCUACAGAAUAGUCUAAAUACAAAAACUAAGGAGAGAAACCAGCUACAGAAUAGCCUAAAUACCAGGACCACAGAGAGAGACCAGCUACAGAAUAGCCUAAAUACCAGGACCAAAGAGAGAGAUCAGCUACAAAAUAGUCUCACUACAAGGACCAAAGACAGGGACAAGCAACAAAAUAGUCUUAAAGUCAUGACUGCUGAAAGGGAUCAAUUAAAAAAUAAUCUUAACUCACAGACCAAAGAGAGAGACCAGUUACAGAAUAGUCUAAAUACCAGGACCACUGAGAGAGACCAGCUACAGAAUAGUCUAAAUACCACAACCACUGAGAGAGACCAGUUCAAAACGAGGCUUAGGUUCUAUGAGAAACCCUGUCUGGAUGGAUGGUGGAAGUUUGGCACCAGCUGUUAUUAUGUCUCCUCCACGAUGAACACAGCUGGGGGCGGUCAGAGGGAGUGCAGAACAAUGGGAGGAGAGUCGGUUAUUAUAAACAGCAGAGAAGAACAGAUGUUUAUCCAUGGAUUUAAGAAGAAUGUCUGGAUUGGUACAUAUAAAAAAGACAGAAUCUGGCAGUGGGUUGACAGCACACCAUUUAAACCUACAUAUUGGAUGGAAGGGGAACCUAAUAACUUGAAUGACGAGGCGGCUUGUGUUGAGAUCUCACAGACGGCAUCAGACCCAUUGAAGAGUUGGAAGGAUGGACCGUGUAUUCCAAAACACUGGGUGUGUGAAAAACCGUUCACACCGUAGUCUAAUUAUAGUAGCGAAGGUAACCCCAUAUCUUAUGGAGUUGUUCUGGUUUUGCCUGUUAAUCUUAACCUGUUUUUGUUUCUAUGUGGAACUAACUACAUUGAAAGAUGUAUUCCUGUCUUUAAAGAGACCAGUGCUAUGUGGAGUCUACCGUUUAUCAGGCCCAGGGGAGUGGAACUGUGGCCUCGUAGGCUCUAACUGUGGUUUACAUUUUUACCUAUAUGGUGUACAUAUACCAAUUUAACAAGAUACUGUUUCAUUGAAGUUUUUACAGCUAUCAAUACAUUUGAAAUGCAGCAGUGUUCUAUGUUUGCUUCCAUUCUGUUCCAUAUGUUCCAUGUGUUCAUUCUACUGAUUAAAUACAUCUAUAUACUGUGA